AUGGUUCCAAAUGAAAACCUUCAGUAUAUGGGUAUUAUAUGGUUACUUCAGCAUUUUAGCUGGACCUGGGUUGGGCUCUUUGUUGUGGAUGAUAACAGUGGAGAACAAUUCCUCAGAAUACUGGAGCCAUUGUUUUCCAGGCAUGGAAUCUGUUCAGCCUUCAUAAAAAGAAUACCACAAGAUGCUCGUAUGGAGGAAUUCAUCAAUAAUUUUAAUGAUGCAAGUCCAAUUGAUGUAUCUUUCCAAGAACGUAAAGCUGGUACAAUUAUCGUGUAUGGAGAAUCUUUAACAAUUUUGUGGCUGAGAACUUUUAUAUGUUCACAGGAUUCAGGAAAUAUGCAAAACACAUUCUUUGGGAAAGUGUGGAUUAUGACAAUGCAGAUGGAUUUUAUAUUAACGGGUGCUGCCAGAGGAUGGGGUUUUCAGAUGUUCCAGGGUGCCAUUUCUUUCACAAUUCACACAAAAGAAGUACCAGGUUUCAGAGAAUUUCUUCAAAUCAUUAAGCCAAAUUGGACUCAAGGAGAAGGGUUUCUCAAAGAUUUCUGGGAACAAGCCUUUGACUGUUUCUUUCCAGAUCCAGGGGUGCCUAUAAUGGAUGAUGACAGCUGUACUGGAGAGGAGAGGCUGGAAAGUCUCCCUGCUGGACUUUUUGAAAUGCACAUGAGUGGCCACAGCUACAGCAUUUAUAUUGCUGUCUAUGCUUUGGCUCAUGCUUUGCAUGCCAUGUACUCAUCUAGGUCCAAGCACAGGCAAAUGCUGGUUGGUAACAAUGUUGAAUUUCAGAAUCUUCAGCCUUGGCAGCUCCAUUCAUUCCUUCGAGGCAUUUCAUUUAACAACUCAGCUGGAGAAACUGUGUCCUUUAAUGAUAAACGGGAAAUGAGAGGUGGAUUUGACAUCAUGAACCUGGUCAUCUUGCCAAAUAAUUCAUUCCAGAAAGUGAAAGUAGGGAGGGUUGAUCCCAGUGCCCAUGAAGGAAAACGAUUCACUGUCCAUGAGGAUACAAUCGUAUGGCCUAGAGCAUUUAAUGAGGUGCUCCCUCUUUCGGUGUGUAAUGAACAAUGCCAUCCUGGUCAUCAGAAGAAAAUGAAGGAAGGGGAAAAGUUUUGUUGCUAUGAUUGUGUCCCAUGCUUAAAUGGAAAGAUAUCAAACCAGAUUGAUAUGGACAACUGUUUCAAAUGCCCAGAAGACCAGUAUGCAAACAAAAAUAAAAAUGGUUGCAUCCCUAAAGUUAUAACCUUUUUAUCAUAUGAAGAACCUCUAGGGCUCACUUUGGCCUCAACUGCAGUUUCUUUUUCACUGACCACAGCCCUGGUGCUAGGAAUGUUUAUUAAGCACAGAGAUACCCCAAUAGUCAAAGCCAACAACAGGGACCUCUCCUACACUCUCCUCGUCUCCCUCCUACUCUGUUUUCUCUCUUCUUUGUUAUUCCUUGGCCAUCCUGGAAAAGUGAUCUGCCUCCUUCAACAAGCAGCUUUUGGCAUCAUCUUCUCAGUGGCUGUUUCUUGUGUGCUGGCCAAAACCACAAUAGUUUCUCUCGCAUUCAUGGCUACAAAACCAGGAUCUAGAAUGAAGAAAUGGGUGGGGAGGAAAGUGUCCUGUUCAAUUGUAAUUUGUUGCUCACUUGUUCAAAUAGGUAUUUGUACUGUGUGGCUGGCAACCUUUCCCCCAUUCCCCGAUUUAGACAUGCAUUCGGUAAAUGAAGAAAUCAUUGUACAGUGUAAUGAAGGGUCAGCCUUCAUGUUCUACUGUGUCCUGGGCUACAUGGGUCUUCUUGCCAUGAUCAGCUUCAUUGUGGCAUUCCUUGCCCGCAAGUUACCCGACACUUUUAAUGAAGCCAAAUUCAUCACUUUCAGCAUGCUGGCAUUUUGCAGUGUUUGGCUGUCCUUUAUUCCGACUUACCUGAGCACCAGAGGGAAAGGCAUGGUGGCUGUGGAGAUCUUCUCCAUCUUGGCCUCCACUUCUGGGUUACUGGGCUGUAUCUUUUACCCGAAAUGCUACAUCAUUGUGUUGCGACCAGAACUGAAUAGCAGGGAAAAACUAAUAAGGAGAAAGUAUUAA